CUCCAUCUGUGAUUGUGCCACCACCACUACCUCCAUCUGUGGAUGUAUCACCAACAGUCAGUGUAGUUCCUUCACCAACAGUGUCUUCACCUCCACCUGUAAUUGUGCCACCACCGCCACCUCCAUCUGUGGAUGUAUCACCAACAGUCAGUGUAGUUCCUUCACCAACAGUGUCUUCACCUCCAUCUGUGAUUAUGCCACCACCACCAUCUCCAUCUGUGGAUGUAUCACCGACAGUCAGUGUAGUUCCUUCACCAACAGUGUCUUCACCUCCAUCUGUAAUUGUGCCACCACCACCACCUCCAUCUGUGGAUGUAUCACCAACAGUCAGCAUAGUUCCUUCACCAACAGUGUCUUCACCUCCACCUGUGAUUGUGCCACCAUCACCACCUCCAUCUGUGGAUGUAUCACCAACAGUCAGUGUAGUUCCUUCACCAACAGUGUCUUCACCUCCAUCUGUGAUUGUGCCACCACCACCAUCUUCAUCUGUGGAUGUAUCGCCAACAGUCAGUGUAGUUCCUUCAGCUACAGUGUUGUCUUCACCUCCACCUAUAAUUGUACCACCACCUCCUCCACCAUCUGUUGAUGUAUCAUCAUCAGUCAGUGCCGUUCCUUCACCAACAAUUGCUCCAACACAAACAAUAUCUUCAGUACCAUCUGUAAUUGCGCCACCACCUCCAUCUGUGGAUGUAUCACCAACAGUCAGUGUAGUUCCUUCACCAACAGUGUCUACACCUCCACGUAUAAUUGUGUCGCCACGUCCUUCUCCAUCUGUUGAUGUAUCAGUAUCAGUCAGUGCCAUUCUUUCACCAACAAUUGCUCCAACACAGACAAUAUCUUCAGUACCAUCUGUAAUUGUGCCACCACCACCACCUCCAUCUGUGGAUGUAUCACCAACAGUCAGUGUAGUUCCUUCACCUACAGUGUCUUCACCUCCACCUAUAAUUGUGCCACCUCCUCCUCCAUCUGUUGAUGUAUCAGUAUCAGUCAGUUCGGUUCCUUCACCGACAAUUGCUCCAACACAGACAAUAUCUUCAGUACUAUCUGUAAUUGUGCCGCCACCUCCUCCUCCAUCUGUGGGUGUAUCACGAUCAGUCAGUGUAGUUAUUUCACCAACUAUUGUUCUACAGACAGUUUCUCAAACAUCAGCUUUGCUGGAACUUACUCCAGUUCCUUCAACUUUACUUACAUCAACUAUAGUACCAACAGUUGUUGCACCAACUCCAUGUCACUUGAUUAAUUGCCCUGUGCUGCAUCGUCCAAUGCAUGGCAGUAUAUCUACUAACAACAAUGUUUGCAAUACAACCGUGCACUUUGGUUGUGAGGAUUGCUACUUUCUUGUUGGUCACUCAAACUUGACCUGCCAGCCAAAUGGAGAGUGGGAUGGAAAUCCACCUUCUUGUGAAGUUGGUCGCUGUCCAGAACUAGUUUCUCCUAACAAUGGGUCAUUGUCAACAUCUAAGACAUCAUGCAAUACAACUGUAGGUGUUGUGUGUGAUGAAUGCUAUGAGUCCAGUAUCGAUUAUUUGACGUGCUUGCCUGGUUUUUAUUGGGACUAUGAGGUUCCUACUUGUGAAUUUGUGUACUGCCCACCGUUAAUGACGCCGUAUGAUGGCACAAAGAGCUCUGAUAAUACUGGGUGUGGUGUGGAAGUUCUUUUCAGUUGCAUUGAAGGCUUUAUGUUAUCAGGGAACUCUUCUUUGGUUUGUAUGACAAAUGGAAUGUGGAAUGGUGUUACUCCGCAGUGCAAAGAUGUGAAUGAAUGUUUGGAGUUUCCUUGUAACAAUGACGGUACCUGUCACAACACGGUUGGUAGUUUUAGCUGCAUAUGUACUGCAUACUUUUUGGGGCCUUUAUGCGAUGAAGAUGCUGGUAAUCUGUACUCAUACGGUCCAUCUCAGAAUGACUUUAUUCUUCCUCCUCUUGAUGACUUUUCUCUUGGUCCAAUACCUAUUAAUAUUGAGUGCUUUCCAUUUGGUCAAGUGCACCAGCACCAAUCAGUCUAUAUUUCGUCAAACGGGCUCAUCUCAUUUGAUCAACCGUUUGCUGAUCCAUUUCCUCGUGUGUUUCCUGGUUUUACGUUUACAUCUGUGGUGGCACCUUAUUGGUCGGAUGUUGACUUGCGAAGAGAUGGCGAUGUGUACUAUAAUGUAUAUAGAGAUGUUGACUCUACAUACAUUCAAAGAGCUACAGCUGAUGUUCGGAUGUUUAGCAAGUAUGACUCAUUUACAGCAGUAUGGGUAUUGGUUGCCACGUGGGUUCAAGUUCCUAAUUUUCCUGAUGGAUCUCCUAACUAUUUUGAUCAUCUUUCGACUCUACGUAACACGUUUCAGGUUGUCGUAGCAACAGAUGGUAGCCAGGCAUUUGCAAUUUUCAAUUAUCCUAUUGAUGGUCUGCAGUGGUCUGGUCGUGGGGCAUCAGCUGUAGUUGGUUACACCACAUUUGACAGCAACUUUUUUCACAGUCACUUUUUGUCUGGAUUUCCGGAUGUUGUAGACAUUGAUUCAAAAUUGUUUCCAUCCAAUACAGAACACAUGGGCCGAUUGUUUUAUCAACUCAGUGAGGAUAUCAACAUUUGCUCUUCUAAUUCAGUUUGUCUCAAGUGGGCUAGAGAGGAUAGUGAUCGUGAUCAAUUCCUUCCAUGGCAGUUUUUUCUUCCAUCAUGUCCUUGCUCAUUUUUUCAAGCCCGCAGAGAUUUCAGAUAUCAAGUGUCUUCUCAUUUGGCUCUCAAGUUGAAUGCUGCUAUACAUUUUCCUUUUUUGGUGGUGGUUUUUUUGGUGGUAGUUCUUUAG